GACAAGUAGUAACCUCUGUGAUCUGUGGUGUUAGGUUAUGUGCUAGUUUUUGAGAAGCGUGUGGUUGUCAUUGUAGAAAAGGGGCUUCUCCAGCUAGGUAAUGAUUGUGCACUUGACUUCCACAUAGGAGAUAGUGGGGUGCAAUGUCCGAAAGUCCCAUCGAACAAGUCAAAAAGUUCGUUUUCAGUGACGACCGUAAUAAGACUGAAAAGUUGGACAUAUACAUUCCUGAGGUUCCGACUGUUUCUUCGAUCCGGCCAUUUUCGAAGACAUUCUAGUAACAGUAUCGUAUAUUCUGAAUCAGAAUAGUGGCGCAAAGUUCUUCUGCACCUAUCAAGAGCGCAGCACCGAUUGGACGAUCGAGCAUUUGCUAAACAAGUGGAAGCUCAGGGCAAAAGUGCACGAUCUGAGCAACUUGGGGGCUCACAGCGGCGUGGAAGUGAGCGAUAUUUUUGCUGGCCAUACCAUUCAUCUGCUGGAAAUCGAUUCAAAGGCCUGAAAUGGCAAGUAAUGCUGGCAAGUUUCACAAACUGUAUGUGAGCAACCUCCCGUGGACAGUGAGCCACAGCGAAUUGCGCCAGUACUUCAGCAAAUUCGGCCCCGUUAAUCUAUCAACGGUGGUGUUCGAUAAAAGCACAGGCUUGUCGAAAAAGUACGGUUUUGUUAGUUUCGGUAACAGGCAGGGCUUUGACGACGCUCAGAGUGUGACCGAGCACAAGUUGGAAGGGAGCGCUCUGAAAGUCGCUCCGGCCAAUCAAGACAAUAUCAGUGGAUAAUCACAAAACCCCAGCAUUCGUAGUAGUAGUAGUAGUAGUAGUAUAGUUGUAAAUAUGGCAAGCUCACCUGAGGACGACUUUAGCGACCUAAAAGAGAUAGGCAUUGAUGUGGUGGAAGCCAACGAAACUCUACUAGCGAGGAAAUUCGGCAAGUGCCUAAAGCACGUUCAGACAGUUGUAGCCAGCCUGGACAAUCGCACGCUGCUGAGGCUCUACGGCUUCUACAAGCAAAGCGUUGAAGGGCCUUGCAGCAUCCCCAAGCCCGGCUGGUACGACCUGAAGGGCCAGUCCAAGUGGCAGGCCUGGAAGAUGCUGGGCGAUCUGGACAAGGCCCAGGCAAUGGAGGGCUACAUUCAGCUCACUUUAGCCACCUGCCCGGAUUUUUCUUUGGAUGGCACUUCCAGCAAGGCCCCAAGCUGGGUGGCCGUUUCAGCUCCAAUUCCCGAGGCGAAUUCUUCAGCAGCCACCAUAAGCGACCACAUCCGGAGCGGCGACUUGGACCAAGUAGCAGCCUACCUGAAGCACAAUCCCUCCAACAUAAACCGAUUGGACAGCAAUGGUUUAGGCCUCAUCCACUAUGCAGCGGAUAUUGGGGAUUCACGGAUCUUGGAACUGCUGCUCAAAGGCGGCUGCCAGGUGAAUUUGCAGGUACGUCUAGAGUUUCUCCGUAAAUUUUUAUUUACGGGGGAAUACUUUAGGACUCCGAAGGGCAAACGGCGUUGCACUACGCAUCCAGCUGUGGAAAUCUCGGCUGUGUGCAACUGCUGUUGGACUACAAGGUCGACUGUUCUGUUAGGGAUAGCGAAGGGAGUUUGGCUGUGGACUUGGCUGAAAACGACCGCAUUAGGCACUUACUAGAGUAGAAAUGCCAUAUUGUUUAUUAUCAAUAGAACGCUAGAUAUUGUGGAAA